GCUUCAAGAAUUUGAAAAACCCGCCAUUUUGAAUACUCGAAUCACCACACGCAACGCAACACAUUGAACUUUGAAAUUGAAAUUUGAAAUCAGCAGGGGAAACGGAGAAAGAUGAAGAAGAGAGCAAAAGUGAACGGAAAGUCUUCGUCCUCAGCUUCUCCGGAGAGUCCAAACCGAUCUCCUAAAUCAAACAAAAUAGCUUCAGCCUCAGCGCCCAAACAGAAAAGCAAUUACAAGUAUAAGAAGCCAAUGGCCUCCGCUCUCCUGUCUCCAUCGCCGCCACCACGGGCUCCUAUGAAUUUCGGUAACAAAACUCUAAGCAACAUAUCAGAUCUGAAGGAAAUGGCUUUUUCGCGUUUGGAUGAUCUGAAACGCAAUCUUAUCGAACGUUCUCACUCUGAAAUUCUCAAGGAUCUCGAAGCUUCUCACUCUCGCCUCCACAAGCGCUUCAAGAUUCAAACACAAACAUGCCAGCAAAUGAAGGAUGAAGCAGAGAAGGAAUACAAGAAGAUGACUGAAAGAAUUAGCAAAAGUCAGGAAGCAAUGAAGGCUUCAUAUGUAGAGAUCAUGGAGGAUGCACAAGCAACUGCAUCUAAUGUGUGCAAAAAAUCCAUCCCGGAAAUUGCAAGUUCUUUUGAGAAAGCAAUUGGUGCUCUCCAAAGCCGUUUUGGGAUUCAGUCAACCUAGAACUGAUUUUUCCUGGUCACUCUAUUACUCUGGAAUGAACAUUGCUUGAAUUUCUUCUUUUAAUAAUACUGGAGCAUUAUGCAUUUUCUAUA